CGCCAUGGCAACAACAACCACAGUCAUGAACGCUAACUGGAGCUGUUAUGCUAGUGGGUAGCGGUCAAACAGCAGAGGGUCCGAGUAUGACUUCAGAGUCAGUACGCAUUAUUUAAAAGUCAUGAAGGAUUAAUGUUGAGAAGCGUGACGAGUGUGAGUCUAAUGGCUCAGCUUUAAUGGAAGCGAUCAAGCGUUUGGACAGCAUAACGGCAAUGGCUGCAUCUGUUGCAGAGGUGACUGCAUCUCUUGUGCGGGAAUAUUUGAGCCGUAAGGGUCUGAAAAGGACUAUUGCCUGCAUGGACGAGGAGCUCCCACGCACAGAAUCCAGUAUCAACAACAGAUCAAGUUUAAGGGAGAUUCUGCACAUAGAAGAUCUGUACAGACAAAACAAGGUUAAGAGCUGCCCUUUGAAAACUUUAUUGGAAAUAAUUGUGAAGCAUCAAAUUGAGAACCAGCACAACAAAGAGACCUACUAUCAAAUUGAAUCUUUGCAUUCAACAUCUUCAGUGGGUCUGAAUGACACUCGCCCAUGGACAGCUAACAUUAACUGUGAAAAUGCCAUCGGAUCAAGGUCAACUCUAAAAGAACUCAGUCAGUCUGAUGUGACCCAUUCCUCUGCAUCUACUGACAACCUUUCCUGCCAACCUGACUCAAAGAACCCAAAAGGGUAUGAUGUUGCAAAAGAACCAGAGAAAAAGAGCUCUGAUCCUGGAAGAAACUUUGGGAACAGGUCCAAUCGAAUGAGGCGAGGAAUGAUGACUGGGCCGAUUUCAAACUCCCACCAGGAUUCAAACCAGAGAAAGCCCAGUCGAAGAGGAGAUGCUCCUCAGACACUGUUCAGACCUGAAGAAGAGGAUGGCGCGAGUGUAGAACGAGUCACUGCUCAAACUGCUAAAUCCAGACAGUCAUGGAGUGAGCCAGUGGCUUUGUCAAGGGAAAACAGCUUGGGAAUGGUACCAAAGGGCAAAUGUGAAACAAAAAAUUUGACUGUCACGACUCGGUCAUGUGUGGAUUAUUUGGAAGUGUCUGAGAUGGUGUUGGAUGACAUUGAUGAUGAUGGGGAUCUGCCAGUACUCUCCACACUGUCCUUUCAUGCAUCCGCUGCGACACAGAAUAAAGGAGAGUACCCCAUGGACCAGGACUCUGCCUCGAAAUUAAAAAUGCUUCUGCUGGGUUCCCCUCUGAAAUCCUUCAGUGCUGAGUGGAAGAAUCAGAGUUUCACAUUCUCUGAAUCAAGCGAUCUGAGAUAUGGAAUUGUUCAAAAUAAGGGCGGUCCAUGCGGGGUUCUGGCAGCAGUUCAAGCUUAUGUGUUAAAGAAGUUGCUGUUUGACUGCAUGGAAAUCGGCAGCACUGACCUCGAGAGGUUGCGACCGUCCAACCCCACCAGAAGAAAGUGCCUUGCGUUGGCUCUGGCUGAAAUCCUCUGGAGGGCCAGGGAGGAGAAACAUGCCGUUGUUGCUGUAAAUUCCGGAAGAAAUGUUUUCACCUCAACUGGAAAAUACAAGUCUGAUGGGGUUCUGGAAAAGCUGACAUGUUUUCCUGUGGAUAACGUCAGCGACCUGCAGAUGUUGCUGGAGCAGCAUAUCGAACAGUUUGCAUCUGGGACGGUCGGGUGCCUGCUGUUGACUGUUUCAGCGCUUCUCUCUCGGUCUACUGAGAAAGUGAGACAAGAUAUGGAUGUUUCUACCUCUACACUUAUCGGAGCACAUGGAUACUGCACUCAGGAAUUGGUGAACUUGUUGCUGUGCGGUCGAGCCGUGUCUAACGUCUUCGACAAUGACAUGGAGCUGGAGUCUGGCGACGGCCACACAACGCUGCUGAGAGGAAUCAAAGCUCGAUGCAACAUUGGUCUGCUCUCUCUGUUUGAGCAUUACCACAUCUGUAAGGUCGGAGACUAUCUCAAGACUCCCCUCUACCCGAUUUGGGUGGUGUGCAGCGAGAGCCACUUCAGUGUGCUGUUCGGCCUGCAGAGGGAGCUGUUGACCAGCCAGGACUCCGCACUUCCAGAGUUCGACCUCUACUAUUAUGACGGCCUGGCCAACCAGGAGGACGAAAUCCGUCUCACUGUCGCGCCUGGAAAAGAGUCCGCCGGAUGUCAAGAGGCGGAUCUCAUCCCACCGCUGGACCUGUGUAUUAGAACAAGGUGGACCAAUGCGUCUGUCAGCUGGAAUGGCACCGAGCCCCUUCUCUGAGGUUGCACCAUUCUUGAACUGCGGUCGUCAUUGUUUGUCGUUGUCAUUGUAGCUUCAUAUUCAUAUUCAUACACAGUGGCCUUCGCAACGCACCAAUGACGUCUGCCAGUCUACGUGAAAAACCCUUGUCACUGGGGCCAACUGCAAACAUAUCCAUCGGCACCAAAACACACUCAGAGGCAGAGUUUAGGUGACCCAACUGAUGGACAAGUUCAGUGUGCCAAUUGUGUGUUACUAGGUUUUGUGUUGCAGUGAGAGUCUGUUUUUCAUUGCACAAUAACACAAAGAGUAAGAAAGUACUAAAAUUAGAUAUAACAAACACUUAUUAUACAUCAGAUUGCUGUUGGUACUCUAGAAUUUUAUAUUCAUAGUAUCAAACGUGCGAAUGUGUUGCGCAAGCUACUUAGCCUCCUUGAGAGACACAAGCAUUUGUGAUAUGUCAGUACCUUGUAUACUUUUUUUUGCUUGAGCUAGCACUUUUAUACAUGUUUUAGUGCAUAUAAAAUGUGCCCUGACCUGGUGCAGUAAAACCCGCACUGCAAGAAUGAAGCUAACUGUGUCUGAUGCGGUGUAUGUCAUACAGUCAUGUUUUGAGAACGAUACUUUUCUGGUACUUGGUUACAUUUUGGGCCAAAGUUUUGCCACAUUUUUGUAUCCGUUUUGUUUUUAUACUCAUUAAAAGUGUUUUUAAAAGAACAAACUGUCAUUUAUACUGUUCAGGGUAUUUAUUCAUUGUAACCCUGAUAAAGAAAAUGUGAUAGAUUGAUCAUAUGCUUACAUGCUGAUGUCCUUACUGCAUUCCAAAGGCCCCUUAGUUUCUAUAUUUAGUGCUUUUCCCAAAAAGCAAGCAUCUCCUUACUGCAGGAUGGCCUCUCAGCAUUCUCGGAUGGCAGGAAUGUGGACUCACCAUAAAAAGAACAUCUCUAAGCAUCAGUCUCCAGUCACCCUUCACUGUUGUAAACCAGUGUUGCUUCUGUGAACUCUGACUCCUUCGAAGUAAAAUUUCC